GAAUGGCUGAGCCCAUCGGGCACCUCGACUUCUACCCCAACGGCGGGGGAUCACAACCAGGGUGCUCGGACCAUAAAUGUUCCCACUCGAGGGCGCAUCAACUCUUCAUCGAAUCAGUGAGGGUAGGCUGCUUUUUCCCUGUCGCUCACUGUAACUCUACGAGCAGCUUCAGCGAGGAUUGUUGGAUCUGCAAUACCAGAUUCAGUGCAAUAUGCACAAGAAUGGGGUUCUGGGCUCAACACAUGAACAUGCCCCCAAAGUCGAAGAUUUUUGUCGAAACCAAGUUUUCUCCGCCAUAUUGUGGACCGUUUGUUCCGGUGGCCGCGAAGUGCCACCGCGUUCAGUACUUGACAGGCUAUUGCCCCGGCCAGCGGGCAUUCGGCGGUUGAAUCAACUACCUAUUACAACGUUUGAAAUCGGGGUGAAAGGAGGUUUAGAAUGAAAAUUGAAGCAACAUCUUUCA